AUGAGUCACACUGUUGACCUGGGUCAAUGUCUUCUUCACGCCACUAAAUCGCAACUACAGCUGCAGUUUACAGCGACUGCAAGCUUGGGUCAUAAUACAAACUCUGCAUGUGAAGCAGAUCUGUCCCCUCCUCAUUGGCCACAUCCGGCGUCAACAUGGAUCAGAGAAGCCCCGGAGCUCGAACUGCGCUUUUUCGUUCGUUUCGGUCCGGGCCUGGAGCCCAUCGCGUGUUCAUUGAUAUCCAGAUUAGAGAAGAUGUUGAGUUGUUCAACGGUCUGGCUGGACCUCGGGUUCAGCAUAGCACCCAAAAGUCAUGGUAUUACCAUGAAUACCGACCGUCCUGGCGAACGUUUCCUUGUACUUGGGCUUUGCAGAGAGAUGACCGGACCAAAAUUUACAAAGAGGCGAUCCUUACCUGCCAUCCUACAAAAUCCCCCAGACACCCAACCUCCACCGGAAGUACCGAUCGUGUCUUUGGCCGCCAUUGAGAUAUAUUUGGAGUGUGGCUACUUGUUUCGCCCAGAUGAACAUCCCGAGGAGCUGUCGGUCAUGAUUGGUACAGAAACGGAGCCUCGAUACUCAGCAGACUUCUUCGCAUCAUGUUCCGACUCGCCCACAAAUUUGACGUUGGACCUACCCGCUGGCUUUACUGGCUUCGCUGAGAGAGAUUCUAUACCCAAAGGAGAUAUCGUUGAUCAAUCAUCUCGAAAUUUUCUCGCACUAGUGGAUUUUGGUCUUCAGGAGUUGCUGUCGUCUGCCGGUACUAAAUGCUCUGACAUCAAAGUCAUCGAGAACAGUCUCCAAGCCCUCCAUAAGCUGGCUCCAGUCAUUUUCAAUCCAGGAUAUCGUGAAGCAAUGAACGAACGGGCCAUAUCAUGUCCCAUUAUCGCCAAAGCGGUCAACUCGAUGUUGGCCAACACCUCAAACCCAAUCCUGCAAAAAGAAGUCUCCAACAUACCCGUGCUUCGGAAACAGUGGAUCGGAACAACCCUGUGGCGCAUGGGUCAAGCCCAUCUCCUCCAUUUGAAAGGUCCAAAGGCAUGUGGAUCCUUUCUUUCUCAUCGCUCAUCGAUAAACGAACUCCAGCCCAAUGGCGAUCCUGCCGUUUUGGCUUCCUCUGCGGGUGACGUCUUCGGCGAGGAAGAUAUCCUUGAUCUUGACGAAGCCUGGGACUUGAAUACUGGAAACGAAUGUGACUAUGACGAUCCCCCGCAAAUAAUGCAGACAGACUUCGAUGAUGAAUCAGAUGGCCCACUCCUCGGAAGUAGCGGUGAGUCCAGCUUUCGGGAUCUAUACGAAUCCACUCAAACAACACUCGACAGCCUUCCGGUCUCUCAGGCUGUCUCCCUUCCCCACACGGAUAGCGACAUGCUACUAUUUGAUUGCGAGCUUGGAUAG